CACAAGCAGAACUUCAGCCAAAUUAAUUAGAAAGAAAAAGAAAAAAAGGCAUUUUCGCGCGGUAAGUCAAAGCGGUGGCAGGACUGGAAUUUUGCAAUAGAAGAAUCAUACGUGUAAAAUGUAAAGGGACCCACAAAAGACAUAUGGCCGUUAGAGAAGGACGAAGACCUACCAAAGAAAUAUGGCCGUUAGGUCAGGUAUGACCUGGUUCAUCUGCUACGUUCUUCAGCAACGAAUGGUAUUGUAUAUACAAAUAAAAAAAAAGUAGCCGUUACCGAACGAAACUAAAAACCUAAGUACGAAAAACUCUUUGGACUCGCAGAACACAAAACAUCAUAUCUUCUCUUCCAUCUUCCCCUUGUAAUUUACUUUCCUUUCCCUUAUCCUUAUAUCUUCUCUUCCAUUUUGCAACUGAAACACAGAGCAUCAUCUUUCACUUCUUUUCCCAUCACUAUUUCUUCUUCUCUUUCUUUUUUAUGGAAAAGAGCGGGUGCUUCUUCUCCUUAUUGUUGUUGUCGUUGUUCUUACUAGCUCAAUUUGCUUCAUGCCAGAGAUGGGAUGGGGUAAUUGUAACCCAGUCUGAUUACAAAGCUCUUCGAGCUAUAAAGAAUGAAUUUAUUGACUUAAAAGGGCAUUUACGCAGCUGGAACGAUAGUGGAUAUGGAGCUUGUUCUGGUGGAUGGGUAGGAAUCAAAUGUGUUCAAGGACAAGUUAUUGCUAUCCAGCUUCCUUGGAAGGGACUUGGUGGUAGAAUCUCUGAAAACAUUGGUCAGCUUCAAGCUCUUCGAAAGAUUAGCUUGCAUGACAAUGUUCUUGCUGGUACUAUCCCUUUGUCUCUAGGCUUCCUUUCUGAUCUUAGAGGUGUUUACCUAUUCAACAACCGCCUUUCAGGUUCUAUCCCUCCUUCUAUUGGUAAUUGUCCUAUGCUUCAGGGUCUUGAUAUUAGUAAUAACUCUCUUACUGGUAUAAUUCCUCCUACUCUUGCUAAUUCUACUAGGUUAUAUAGGCUUAAUUUGAGCUUCAACUCUUUAACGGGUUCUAUUCCUUCUAGUCUUACUCGUUCUCCUUCUCUCACAGUUUUUGCUUUGCAGCACAACAAUCUUUCUGGUUCUAUCCCAGAUUCUUGGGGGGAAACAGGGGAUAACUCUUACAAGCUUCAGUUCUUGACACUUGAUCAUAAUCUUAUUACUGGAAACAUUCCUGUGAGUUUUAGCAAGUUGAGUUUGCUACAGGAGAUCUCUCUGAGUCAUAAUCAGAUCUCUGGUAGCAUUCCUACUGAACUAGGGAAGCUUUCAAGUCUACAAAAGCUUGAUUUCUCAAAUAAUAUUAUUAAUGGAAGUAUGCCACCUAGCUUUUCUAAUCUCUCCUCUCUAGUCUCAUUAAAUCUUGAGAGCAAUGGCCUUGAGAACCAGAUCCCAGAAGCUUUUGAGAAAUUACACAACCUUUCAGUACUAAACCUGAAAAAUAAUCAAUUCAAAGGUCUUAUCCCAGCAAGUAUUGGAAAUAUCUCUAGUAUCAGUCAACUUGAUUUAGCUCAAAAUAAUUUUACUGGAGAAAUCCCAGCUUCACUGGCUGGUCUAACAAACCUUGCUUCGUUCAAUGUUUCUUAUAACAAUCUCUCGGGUGCUGUUCCUGCUUUGCUCUCUAAAAAUUUUAAUUCAAGCUCCUUUGUGGGCAAUCUUCAGCUAUGCGGCUACAGCAUUUCAACUCCAUGUCCUUCACCACCACCUGUUAUUCAACCAUCUCCAACAAUAUCAGGGCCACCGAAACAUCACCACAAGAAGCUUAGCACUAGGGACAUUAUCCUAAUAGCAGUUGGUGCACUAUUAGGAAUACUACUUUUACUCUGCUGCAUUCUGAUUUGUUGUUUGAUGAGGAGAAGGGCUGCUUCACAUCAAAAUGGUAAAACUGUUGCGCGGCAAGCUGUAGAAAAGACUGAGAAAUCAGGAGGGGCUGCAGCAGUUGAAUCAGGCGGCGAAAUGGGUGGAAAGCUAGUUCAUUUUGAUGGGCCAUUUGUGUUUACAGCUGAUGAUUUGUUGUGUGCUACUGCAGAAAUAAUGGGAAAAAGCACAUAUGGAACAGCAUAUAAGGCAACACUAGAGGAUGGUAAUCAAGUUGCUGUGAAAAGGUUGAGAGAGAAGACUACGAAGGGGCAGAAGGAGUUCGAAUCCGAGGCUGCUUCACUUGGAAAGAUUCGUCAUCCAAAUCUCUUAGCACUAAGAGCCUAUUACUUAGGACCCAAAGGAGAGAAGCUUCUUGUUUUUGACUACAUGCCCAAAGGAAGUCUUGCAUCUUUCCUCCAUGCUCGUGGUCCGGAGACUGCUAUCAAUUGGCCAACAAGGAUGAACAUAGCCAUAGGAAUUGGGCGGGGACUGACCUAUCUUCACACUGAGGAGAAUAUAAUCCAUGGAAAUUUGACAUCAAGCAACAUACUAUUAGAUGAACAAACAAAUGCUCACAUUGCAGACUAUGGCCUCUCCAAGCUGAUGACUGCUGCAGCCAACACCAACAUCAUUGCUACUGCAGGAGCACUUGGCUAUCGCGCUCCAGAACUUGCAAAGCUCAAGAAUGCCAAUACAAAGACUGAUGUUUACAGCCUUGGAGUGAUAAUUCUUGAGCUCUUGACAGGAAAAGCACCUGGUGAGCCAACCAACGGUAUGGAUUUGCCACAGUGGGUAGCAUCGAUAGUGAAAGAGGAAUGGACUAAUGAAGUAUUUGAUUUGGAACUUAUGAGGGAUGCACCCGCUAUAGGUGAUGAGUUGCUUAACACAUUGAAGUUAGCUCUGCAUUGUGUUGAUCCUUCACCAUCAGCUCGUCCUGAAGUUCAACAAGUUGUUCAGCAACUGGAGGAAAUAAAGCCUGAUCUUGCUGCCAGUUCUGCUGAUGAAGGAACCAAACCAACAAGUGAAUAAAGAGAGAUAGUUUUACUAUUGCAAGAAUAAAGGGUUCGUUUUAGCAAUUGGUUGGUUUUUUACUACAAGGUUAUAGGAGGAAUAUGAGAGAGUAAUCUUGAGAUUCUUUAAUUCAUAUAAUUUGUUUAUAUAUACAAGUCAUGUGGGGGUGUCAUUUACAGAUCAUUCUUUUUUGUCUUAAACAAUAAUGUAUUCUUUCAAUUCAUAUUCAGCACAAGAAGUAAGAGAAAUCAUGAGAUUGCACAAGUUUUUUGACA